AGUGUCCAAAGAGAAUUGGAAUCGAGGUAGUUGCGAUAGGCUAGGCACUGGGUCUGCAGUUGAAGGCCGGCCGCCGGCCAAAAACCCUCUUUUUCCCCUGCUCAUCCAGUGUUCUCACUUCUCGGGGCCGGAGAAGCACAAUGGCGUCGCUCGCCGGAGCCGCACUCGCCUCCUGCAGCAUCCUUCUCCUCCUGCUCGUCCCCUGCGCCCAGGGGCAGGGGCAAUCACCCGAGGCGCCGGAGGAGGCUUGGGCCGAGGGGCAACCACCGGAGGCGUCGGAGGACGCUUUGACGAUGCUCUUGUCCGAGGGCGGGUGCGGCGCCUUCGCCGGCCUCGUCGCCGCGACGGCCGGCGUGGGCGACGCGUUCCGCGAGCAUAUCGGCAGCGACCUGGGGCUCACGAUCCUCUGCCCCGACGACGAGGCGGUGGGGACGUUCAUCCCGAGGUUCCAUAGCCUCAACGUCGACGAGCAGGUCGCGGUUCUCUUGUACCACGGCCUGACGAUGGCCUACUCCGAGGAGCUGCUCAGCUGGGUCCACUGGGAGGAGUUGACGCUUGAUGGAGUGCAGAUGCUCACCAUGCGUCACCACAGCGGCAGGGUGAUAGUUUCUUCGUCACGGAGCGAGGCCAGGAUCACCAAGACUGUCGUCGACGACGAUCAUCUCGCCGUCUACCUCAUCGACGCCGUGCUGAUUCCGGCAGAUCCCAAGCGUCAAAUCUCGUUCUGGGGUGUUUUGGCACUUAUCGUCUUCCUUCUGGUACUUGUUGUCGUCGGGGUCGUGGCGUCAAUAUUGAUGUGGCAUGCGCUUGUUUAUGUUUGUUCUCUCUUGUGCCGGCUGAGAAGAUGGUGCAAGGAUCGCGCCACUGCCUACGUUUCGGCCGCCCGUGUCACUUCACAUGGACAACAAGAACAAUAGUCUGUGGCCGCUGAACAGUGCCUCGCCUCCCCUCGUAUUCCCUCUUAUGGUCUGUACUCGUCGUAUAGUUUGAACGAUCAGGUCGGUGACUUGUGUAUAUAGUGUUUGCUCACUUUUGAAUCUAGGCUUCGUUUGAUUUAACAAAAUGUUGGUGACUAUGAAUUCGAUAUGUAGUAGUGCUAUAUUUUGAGGCAACU